GCGAUUAUUUUCCUUCUUGUUGUUUCUGCGAUUGUGCUGAUUAAUUUUAUAAAUUUCCUUCAUUGUCGGUUUCCAAAUACCCUGCUAAAACAUGUCCAGCUACACAGAGGAACAUCUUAAGCAAAAGCUGACGGAAAAGCUAGAAGCUACUCAUGUGGAAGUAACUGACGAAUCCGAUGGAUGUGGAGGAAAGUUCAACGCAGUAAUUGUAUCGUCUCAGUUUCAAGGCAAGCCACUACUGCAGCGACACAGACUCGUAAAUGCAGCUCUAGCCGAGGAACUGAAAACAAUUCACGCCUUCUCGCAGAAAACAUACACACCAGAACAGUGGGCUGCCGAGGGUCACUAGCAGUCAUCCCUCACCCGCUAAUUUAUACCCCUGCCAGUUGUGAGAAACGGUUUCAUUUUAUAACGUAGCUAUUAUCUCGAAUACAAUCUGCACAAUGAAUA